GACUUGAGACUUCAGUUUGCGUUUCUCUGUGGAAAUCGAAAGGCGCUGGCGCUCGUUUCUGCAGGACUGACCGUUGAGCCACGAAGGUGGCCGUGCGCGUAUCGUAUCUAGUUUGCUCUGACAUAACCGUCGCUUGCAACUCACACAUGACCGUGGGCAUUCGGUAAACCCGGGGAAUCCUAGAAGUUGUACGUUUCUUUCCAAGCGUGUGAAUGACGUGAAUUUCCACAGGAUUUAAAGCCGUGCCAUGGUUUUGACCCGCGCGCUCCACACAGAAAUGGGUCGAUUUGCAUCUAUGGGCACAUGAAUCUGAGUUCCACCGGCCAGAUGCCUGAGAUGGAGGAAGUAGAUACCAAUGAGAGCAACUGGUUGGUGAAGAGGGUUGCUCUUAUCAGCUUCCUGUCACUGGUCAUGCUCAUGAGUGUCCUGGGCAACCUGCUGGUUAUGGUGGCCGUCUGCAAGGACCGGCAGCUCAGGAAAAUCAAAACCAACUACUUCAUCGUCUCACUGGCAUUCGCUGACCUGCUGGUGUCAGUGCUGGUGAUGCCGUUUGGUGCCAUAGAACUGAUCCAUCAGAACUGGAUCUAUGGUGAGACCUUCUGCCUGGUCCGCACCUCUCUGGAUGUGCUACUGACCACUGCCUCCAUCCUACACCUGUGCUGCAUAUCCCUAGACAGGUACUAUGCCAUCUGUUGCCAGCCACUAGUCUACAGGAAUAAGAUGACACCACUGAGAGUGGCUCUAAUGAUCGGUGGAUGCUGGAUAAUCCCAACCGUUAUUUCCUUCUUACCCAUAAUGCAAGGCUGGAACAGUAUUGGAAUAAAUGAUUUGAUAGAGAAACGGAAGAUUUCUGGCAACUCCACAGUAUGUGUCUUCAUGGUGAACAAGCCAUACGCGCUGACCUGCUCAGUUGUGGCCUUCUACUUACCACUCAUCCUGAUGGUGUUGGCCUACCAGCGCAUCUAUGUCACGGCACGGGAACAUGCCCGGCAGAUCAACAUGCUGCAGCGGGCUGGAGGAGCGGGGAACGCGGCCUCUGACAGCGCGGACCACCAACGCAACCACCGAAUGCGCAUAGAGACUAAGGCAGCCAAGACUCUGUGCAUUAUUAUGGGCUGCUUCUGCCUCUGCUGGGCACCUUUUUUCAUCACAAAUGUGGUGGAUCCCUUCAUAGACUACAGUGUCCCUGAGCAGCUGUGGGCGGCCUGUCUCUGGCUGGGCUACAUUAACUCCAUGCUCAACCCCAUCCUCUAUGCCUUCCUCAAUAAGUCCUUCCGUCGUGCCUUCCUCAUCAUUCUCUGCUGUGGACACAAGCGUUACCGUCGACCUUCCGUCCUGGGGCCUGGAACACCCUGUGUGGCCACACAGAUCAACGGCUCUACACACGUCCUGAAUGGCUGCUCCUCUGCCUCCAAACUGCUUCUCUGGUUCUGCAACACUAGACCUGUUCCUGUCUAGUUCUGUAUAGGGAGUUCUCAAGUAUUCAGUUCUUCACAAUGGAAACCACACUGAACAUGAGAAACUGUCAGUACAGAAUGAUACAGAGUCCCAGGAGUCAUGUUUCUGACACAAGUCACCCUCUAAUGAGGACCAUCACUGGAAGGUGCCAUUCCAUACCACCCUGCCUGCAGCUCAAACCUGACCCGAGCAUUUCAGGACUUACAUUCUGGGAGGCAGACUAAAGUAUUUGCUCAAAGAGCUGGUGAACAAUAAAGGAAAGAACAAUGUUGCCAAAGGUAUUUGGUCUAUAUUUUAGGAUAUGAGUAUUUCCAUUGUAAAGGAAUGGUGGUGAAAAAUUCCACAAUAUGUUUUUCUUCUUUUUUUUUUAUUGGUUCCCCUGGGAAUGCAAUUUCCAAACCCAAAACAUCUUACAAGCUUUAUCUGGAGAGGCUUUCAUUAGAUCCAGAGUCAGGAUCGCACUUUCUGAAAGGUACUGCAGAAAAAAUGACACUUUGUUCAGAAGAUCCAGAUUAGUUUUAUUCUUUAAAUAAAAGAUAGUUAAGACUCAAAAACAUUCACACCACAGUAUUAAGAGGUACAGCUGGGAGCACUGUUAAGGGAUUGGUUUUUCUUUUCAUCUUUUCAGCUAUGAAAUCUCAGACCAACAGUUGAUGCUUUAAAACAAUAUGGAAUUUCAAUUGAAUUUAAAAUUUUAAAGUAAAAAGAAAGGCCUUUAAUGAAAGAAAAUAAUUUAAUUGUGAGAUCAAAGAAUAAAUCAUCAAAUUUCUGUAUGUUGGUGGGGAGAGAUCUUUCCAGUGUCUGCGUACACACUUGUAUGACAAGGAAUGCAGCAGAAAUUAUGCCUUUUGGUGAAUACAAUUUAUUCCAAAGAUGCACCACCAAAUUAUUUUAUAAAAACAUAAUGUUAAGUAUAUUUUAGUUUUAGACACAGAUGCAUCAUCCUUAUACCUAGGAUUUUGGCAAGAUAACACAUUUUUCUUCUAGCCAUGAAAAUUGAUUAUAUAUAUAU